AUUUCCGAACGUAACCGUUGUUACUCGGCAUAUUUUGUUGACUUUGACAGAACCGAUAAUUUACAAUUUGCGUCUGAUGACUGAUUGAAAUGAAAAGCUGAACUUAAUUCAUUUAAAAAUAUUGAGAAGAAUCUUAACUACUUUAAAGCGAAUAUGGCACCGGCUGAACAAGAUGUCGAAAUGAAAAAUGCGGACAGCCCCGCUGCUGCAAGUGACGUGGAAAUGAGUGAAGUAAAAAAAGACGCCGACGUCCUCGCUGUCCAGGAUUUGAGAGAACAUGUAAGACAAAUUGAUAAAGCUGUUUCCUCGAAAGAGCCAAGAUUUGCAAUGCGUGUACUCAGGUCUAUUCCUAGCACUAGGAAGAAGCUAAAUGGUAAUGUCCUUCGUGCGAUUAUUAACCAACUGUUUCCAGCAAAUGCAGAUAAAGAAGCGUUGAUUGCCUUCGUUGAGCUGCCUGCGCCAGACGCAGUUGAGAUAGAAGCACCGCGUUCUAGAAGCGCUCCAAAAUCUCCUGUCCCUGAAGUAGAUGCAUACAUGCAUCUACUGGUGUUACUUCGUUUAUUGGACACUAACAAGUUGGAAGAAGCAGUGGAAUGCUCUCAACUGUUGAUGAACAAGGUGACAGCACAAAACCGGAGAACCUUGGAUCUGAUUGCUGCCAAGUGUUAUUUCUAUCACUCAAGAGUGUAUGAGCUGACCAAUAAACUUGACCUAAUUAGAGGGCUUCUGCAUGCACGUUUACGUACAUCCACUCUCAGGAAUGAUUAUGAAGGUCAAGCGGUAUUGAUAAAUUGCCUUUUGCGUAACUACCUCCAUUACGCCUUAUAUGAUCAAGCUGAUAAAUUGGUGAGUAAAUCAGUUUUCCCAGAGAAUGCUAGCAAUAAUGAAUGGGCGAGAUUUCUUUACUAUCUUGGCAGAAUCAAGGCUGCUAGAUUAGAAUAUAGUGAUGCACACAAACAUUUAGUGCAGGCUUUGCGUAAAGCACCUCAAACUGCUGCCGUUGGAUUUAGGCAGACAGUACAGAAGUUGGCUAUUGUUGUCGAGUUACUCUUAGGAGAUAUACCAGAGCGUGCUAUCUUCCGUCAAGCUCCACUCAGGAAAUCGCUAGCCCCAUACUUUCAACUCACUCAAGCAGUGAGGCUUGGUAAUUUGCAAAGAUUUGGAGAAGUAUUGGAAAACUUUGGACCACAAUUCCGAAAUGAUCAUACUUUUACACUAAUUUUACGUCUUCGCCAAAAUGUUAUCAAGACAGCCAUUCGCUCGAUUGGGAUGUCUUAUUCCAGGAUUUCACCUAAAGAUAUUGCUAGAAAGUUAGGAUUGGAUUCAGCCGAAGAUGCAGAGUUUAUUGUAGCAAAAGCUAUCCGAGAUGGUGUCAUUGAAGCUACCCUUGACCCAGAAAAGGGAUAUAUGAGCAAUAAGGAGAGUUCAGACCUGUAUUGUACAAGGGAACCUCAGCUUGCUUUCCAUCAGCGUAUUUCUUUUUGUCUGGAGCUACAUAACCAGAGUGUGAAGGCAAUGAGAUAUCCACCCAAGUCUUAUGGAAAGGAGUUAGAAAGUGCUGAAGAGAGACGGGAACGUGAGCAGCAGGAUUUGGAACUUGCCAAGGAAAUGGCUGAAGAGGAUGAUGAUGGCUUCCCUUAAAUAACAUUUUAAUCAUACUCAUAUUUGUGUGUAAUAUGUAGUUUUCUGAAAUAAAUUCUAUUAAAUUUUUA